AUGUCACUUUUUGAACAAACAUCUUCACGUCCUGGUUCUCGUUUUGGAAAACUAUCAUCAAAUAUGUUCUUUAUUCGAAAUACUGCUCAACCAAAGCGUGUGCGUCAUAUUGAAGGAUUAAAUGGAGCAUUGAUUUGUAAUGUAAAUGAUGAUCCAUCUGUUAUUCAGCCGAUGCGUUCUAGUUCACUGAACUUUCCUAGAACCAAUUUACCUGCAUUUGAAACUCCACGUCGCGUUGAACGACUAGUACCUCCAAUGGGUUUUUGGAAUACUCAUGGCGUUAUUCAUGAUACAGAACGUUGGAAACAAGAAUUAGCAGCUUUAGCUACAGCUAGUGGACUAGGCUUAGAAAAUGAUGAACAUAAACAUUCAAAUAAACCAUCAACAACAACUGCUGAUCAACAACAUACAUCACGUUCUGGUGCUCAUUAUUCAACACGUACAGGUCGUUUCAACGAAGGAACUACAAAAUCAAGAGGUCGUACAGGUUCUAAACAUGCUACAGCAUAUUCAGAAAUGUUAUUUAAUGUACCUGAAAAUGAAAGAGAAAUGUGGAUGUUACAAGUUCUUUGUCAACUACUUGGUACAAGUCAAUUGGAAGAAGUUCAAUCAUGGCUUGUUUCGGCUUCAGCAACCGAAAAAGAACAAGCUCGUCAAAUGAUUAAUUCUGCAUUAUGUGGAUUAAAAGAAUCUGAACGUACAUCAUCUCAAACUCAACAAUCUGUCGAUCUUAAUGCAUUAUCAAAUUUUGUUGAAAAACAAAAAAAUGAAGAAAAAUAUGCUUCUAAGAAAUUUAUUCAAGAUACUCUUAAUCGAUCUGCACCUGUUUUACCAUCAAUUGAUGAAGAACAACAAACUGAGAUUAGUCUCAAUGAUACAUGGGAUAGUGGAGAACAUAAGAAUGAUUAUUUAAAAUCAUCAUCACAAAAUGCAACAACUUAUCAACGUGCUUAUCAAAAUUAUAAUAAACGAUCAUAUACAUCCUGUGAUGGAGCAUCAUCAAAUACAAAAAAUGAUUCAUACUAUGAAAAUAAACAAAAUCAAGAACAAAGUGAUAAUGAAGAACCAAUUGAAACAAUCCAACUUGAUGAUGAUCGACGACGACCUCGAUCAGCAUCAUUAACAAAAACAAAAAUAGAAUCAAAAAAACAAUCUCAAUCACCUAUUGAACGACCACCUUCAAGUCAUAAACAAAAAUAUCAUAUUGAAUCUAUUGAAUUCCAUGAUGAUGAUGAUCAUGAUGAUGUAAACAAAACAAAUGAAAAUAAAAAUAAAUUUCAUUCUAAUGAAGAUGAUAAUAAUGAUGAACAACAUCAACAAAAAAAAGAAAUAUUUUCAUCAUCAUCACUUAAAAUAAAACCAUCUUCAAAUCAAAAUAAUGAUAAUAAAUCACGUAAAAUUCGUGAAUUACAAAAUAAAUUAUCUCGUCAAGAAGAAGAUGCUAAAAAAAAAUUUAAUGAAUUACAAUCAAAACAAUCACGACUUGAAAAUGCACUUAAAUUACUUAUUAAACAAACUUCAUCAUAUAAAAAACGUCGACAACAAACAAAUGAUCAUGUUGAAGAUUUAGAUACACCUAUUGUCAAUGUUAUCAUUCAAUCACCAAGAGAUACUGAUCUUCAUGAUAAAUCAAAUGAAACAAAUUCAUGGGAGAAACAUCAGGAACUAUCAUUUGUUCAUGCUAAUGAAAAAGCAAAAAAAAAUCGACAUGAUAAUAACAAUACUAAAAUUGAUAAUCAACCAGGCAAAGUCUAUUCAGGUGUAUGGAAACCUGACGUAUCGACACUUCAUCGUCUUCAAGGAAAUUAG